UACAAAAGCCAAGUUUGCAUGGACUUCUCCACCGUGGUGAUAGAGGACAUAGCUGCCCAGUUCACAAAAAUAGAUAGAAUAGAGUGGAGAGUGCUGGAAGUGAGACAUGUGGAAGACAUGAAAGAUGGAGGUUUCAAGGUGAUUAUUGAUAAGGGUACACUAGAUUCCAUGAUUUCGGGAAGUAUGCAGGAUCCUCCGGAGGUUGUAAAGAAGAAUAAUAGAAGCUGCAUAGAUGAGGUUAUCCGAGUUUUGAAGCCUGGUGUCUUCAUUUAUAUCACAUAUAUAUAA